CGUGGGCGGGACUUCCGGAACCAGCCUCCAUUUCUACGGGCUGACCUGCGAAGCAAGGCCCUCCCCUUUGGCGUUGGGAUUGGCUCUGGGAAACUUUCCGGUGACCCAUUUCCGUCCCUUGCUGCUGUGGACUGUGGGCCGCCGCGGUAGGUGAAGGAUCUCAAGAUGGCUGGGCGAAAACUUGCUCUAAAAGCCAUUGACUGGGUAGCUUUUGGGGAGAUCAUACCCCGAAACCAGAAGGCCAUUGCUAACUCCCUGAAAUCCUGGAAUGAGACUCUCACCUCCAGGUUGGCAACUCUCCCCGAGAAUCCACCUGCUAUCGACUGGGCUUACUACAGGGCCAAUGUGGCGAAGGCUGGCUUGGUAGAUGACUUUGAGAAGAAGUUUAAUGCCCUGAAGGUUCCUGUGCCAGAGGAUAAAUAUACUGUCCAGGUGGAUGCUGAAGAAAGAGAAGAUGUGAAAAGUUGUGCUGAGUUUUUGUCUCUCUCAAAGGCCAGGAUUGUGGAAUAUGAAAAAGAGCUGGAGAAGAUGAAGAAUAUAAUUCCAUUUGAUCAGAUGACCAUUGAGGACCUGAAUGAAGUCUUCCCAGAAACCAAAUUAGACAAAAAGAAGUAUCCCUACUGGCCUCACAAGCCAAUCGAAAAUUUAUAAACUUGAGUUGGGGAGAAAGCUCUGGCCCUUGUAUUAUAAAUUCUGGACAUUAAAAAUAAUGAUACGGU